AUGGAGCAGCCACCGUCGCCGGGAAUGAAGUCAGUGGAACUCGGAGAAAGCAUGGAAUCACUUUUACGGUUUACUCUGCGCUCUUAUUUGGACGAACAGGUUCCAAGUUUCGAUCUUGACUUGACCAGAGAUUUCUGCCUCCAUCUCCUUGAGGAAGAUACAGAUUCAACAGAAAAACCUCCCGUGUACAAGCUUCUAGCAAGGGCUUUGUCUGAAUGUCUAACCUCCGAGGAGCAGGGAUUGUCCGUUGAUAAAAGUUCAAACUUUGGAAAGUACAGCAAACUGUUUCAUGACUUAGAAAAUAUGUUGAAGAAGGUGAACUUUGAGCUUCAUGUCCAAGAGCUUUACUUGAAACAAUUGAAAGAUGGUCUGAAAACUGUUGAAGGAAGAUGUGCAGUAGGAGACUACAUGAGGAUUAGCUCAGGAGCUUUUAUCUUGUUCAAUAAAUGCUUGCUGCUUGAAGUUCAGGAAGUUCACCAUUAUACUUCAUUCUCAGAAAUGCUGAGUGUGGAGGGUCUUUCCAAAGUUCUUCCUGGAGUGGAGAGUAUAGAAGAAGGUGUUCAAGUUUAUCGGAAUUUUUAUCCUGAAGAGAAGGAGAGAAGGAACGGUGUUGUAGCCAUUCUUGUUGCAAAACCAGCUGAUCAGCCUUAUGCAGCUUUGGCAGGAGCAUUGUCUGAACUGAAGUCCACUGGGAUCAAAAGUCUGUUGGAUGACUAUACAGCACGAGUUAACUUGUAG